AUGUUUAGCCAUCUAACGGAAGCACUCGUUAAUAAACUUGAAGAACAACGAGCAAAAGAACCUUGUUGUAUCAUUAAAUGGGAAGACACAAAGAAAAUCGAAAUUAUCGCACAAACAUAUAUUCGUCUAUCACCAUCACAAGAUCCUGAAGAUGAUGUUACUUAUGCGAUUGAUAUGGAUGGUGAAAAACGUUAUGGAACAGUUCUUGCUCAUGGUACAAAAGAAUAUUGUGAAUCUAUUCUACAUAAAUUUUCACCUGGUGAAUCAAAACGUCAAAUUGAAAAUUUUUCUUCAGAAAAUAAUUCCGAACAUAUGAAUGAUUUAUUAUUAAUGAGUGUUCUUGCAAAAUUACUUAAUAAAACUGAAUCUACUGAUACUUAUGAUGAUAGUGAUGUUCAUGAUGCUAAAUGUGCUGUAUGUGAAAUGCAACCUAUACGUCAAACUGAUCGAUAUCGUUGUUUAGAAUGUACAUCAUCAAAUUAUGAUAUAUGUGGACGUUGUUUUGAAAGACAUCGUCAAACAGGAAAACAUUUUACUGGUCAUGCUAUGGUUCAUUUUAAAUUACCAAAUGAAGUUUUAGGAAUACAAUUUAAUAAUAUUGAUAAUGAAAUUAAUUUAAAUAAUUUAAGAAAUUUAGAUGCAUUACGUUAUGAACAACAUGAUGGUAUAAAAUGUGAUGGAAUUUGUUAUCAAAAAAAUAUUAUUGGUUUACGUUUUAAAUGUGAUACAUGUUCAAAUUAUAAUUUAUGUGAAAUAUGUGCGAUUAAUAAACAUAUUUGUACGAAAAAUCAUGAAAAAGAUCAUCCAUUAAUAUUAACUUCGAAUAGAGUUAUGCCUAAAAUUGAUCCAGAUGAUAUUGAACUAGAAGAAGUUUUAGGUAAAGGAGGAUUUGGUCAUGUAUAUAAAGCAAUAUGGAAAUCAAAAAAUCGUCCUGUUGCUUGUAAAGUAAUUGAAAUAUCUGGUAAAUCAUCAUCAUCAGAUCCAUUACGUCGAAGUUUUCUUCAAGAAUUAGCUGCAUAUAGAGAAUUAUCAGGUCCAUAUAUUCUUCGAACAUUUGCAUAUGCAACUCGUGAUAUACCAGCAAAUCGUAAUCGUGGACAAAAAAUUCAAUUUAUGAUAUUAAUGGAAUUAAUGGGACGUGGAAGUUUACGAGAUGUUCUUGAAAAUCAACCAUAUGAAUUAUCAUUAAGACGUAAAUUAACAAUGUCUCGACAAAUAGCAUCAGGUAUAAGACGUAUUCAUCAACAUGGAAUGAUACAUCGUGAUAUUCGACCUGAUAAUAUUCUUGUUACUGAUAAUUAUGUUGCUAAAAUUGGUGAUAUGGGUAUUGCUCGUUUUCUUGAUCCAACUGGUCAACAUACUUUAAUAGGUUGUGAAAAAUUUAUGCCACCUGAAUUUUUUCGUAAUAUAUCUGAUGGAUAUUGUAAAUCUGAUGAAAAAUUAGAUAUAUAUACAUUUGGUCUUACAUUAAAUCAUUUAUUUACAGAAAAAGCUCAUGAUUUUCGUUCAUCUUUACGUUUACCACGUGCUAUAAUAAUUGAAAAAAGUCCAAUUUUAUAUGAUGAAAUUAUUUCAAGAUGUUUAGAUGAAGAUUCAAAACAACGACCAACUGCUAUUGAAAUUGAAAAAAUUUUAAAAUUUUAUGAACAAGCUUUUUCAAAAACAAUAAAUCAAAGUACAUAUGAAAAAAUGAAUACACAACAAAAAAAUAAAGUUUUUAUGGAAUUUUAUGAAAAAAAUAAAGUUAAAAUGCAACGUCUUGUUAAAGAAAAAAUUUCUCGACCACUUAUUCGAGAAAUUCCAAUUGAAUUUGUUAAUAAGCAACAACAACAACAACAACAACAACAAGCACCAAUGUCUAAUGAAUCGUUAAAUGAAAAAUGUCGAGUUAAUUAA